AUGUUACCACAUUUACAUAAUGGCUGGCAAGUUGAUCAAGCCAUUCUAUCGGAAGAAGAUAAAGUUGUUGUUAUUCGUUUUGGACAUGAUUGGGAUCCAACAUGUAUGAAAAUGGAUGAAGUUUUAUAUAAAGUUGCAGAAAAAAUUAAAAAUUUUACUGUUAUUUAUUUGGUUGAUAUUACUGAAACACCUGAUUUUAAUAAAAUGUAA